AAGAGAGAGGGUAGACGCAUAGACACGGCACAGCAUGACGGAGCCGCGCAUGAGACAGCGCGGCAAGGGCCCGCAGUGGGAGCAGCGAGACUUAGAAUCCUUCCUCAUCGCCUACGGCGACACAGCCCCGCCCCUCAAGGCCACGGUCCUCACCCUCGACGAGAUAAUCACCGACUACAUCAUCGAAACCUGCCACGAGGCCGCCGCUGUCGCGACCCACGCGCGCCGCCAGAAGAUCAAGCUGGAUGACUUCAAGUUCAUGCUGCGGCGGGACACCGCCAAGUUGGGUAGGGUGAGCGAGCUCCUGGAGACGGACAAGGAGUUGAAGCGGAAGAGGAAGGCGUUUGAUACGGAUGAGGGGGCGGUGGUGGAUACGGUUGAGGAGGUGCCGGGAGAGAAGGGGAAGAGGGGGAAGAAGGUUGAAGGUGGCGGCGAGGGGGAUGAGGGCGAGCGCAAGAAGAAGAGAAAGAAGAAGGUCAAGACGGAUGAUGCGAGCACGGUGGUCAGUGGUUGAAUGGGAGGACGAAUUUGUGCGGGUUCGAGCAAUGGAUUCCUGAACGGCCGAGAUUCAUGGCCUCCGGCGCGUGGAACAUUGACCAUUGCUCGGAAUCGCUGGCACAUCGCCUCCUCUACAUACCGGGAUCCUUCGACUCGCGAGAAUGCCGUCGAGAGCAUCUGCACCACCACCUACGCGCACCACUAUCCCCCCCACCUUCAUGGACCGCAACGGGAUCAAAAUCCUUCAUCCAUUCAGAAUCCUUCGUUGCCUCUGUCUUCGAGCAUACCGCGAGUUAUCACUGGAAGCUCGAUUGAGACAGUACAUGGCGGUACACUACCAGUUUCCGUACUCGGCUCUUAGCCUAGAUUUUAAUUGAGCUAAGGGGGUACCGCUUUCAGGAGCGGUGGAGUUGGUCAUCAGCUGGGCACUCUUCA